GCUUUUAUUUUGAAAUCUCAAAGCGGAUGUUACAUCCUAUGACAGCUCGGCUCUCUCUGAGACACCGGAAGCAAUCGUCGGUUUUUGGUGACGCUGCAUUAGACUGCAAGACAUGGACCGGUCGAGGCUGCUCGGGUUCCUCCUCAUCGGCCUGGCUCUCGCUGGAGCACAGGCGCUCACACCGACGCAUUACCUCUCCCUGUCGGACGUGGGUCGACUUCAGAACCUCCUGAGCCAACAAUACACCGACCUGGAGUCCGCAUAUUACUCUGUUGUUGGUCUGACCAAGCUUGGGGCAACUGUUCCCGAUCACAAGGGUGUGUGCCAGUUCGUCAAAUCCCAGCUCGACCCCACUAGUGUUGACUCUCUCUUCUUUGCUGCUGAGACCAGUCAGGCCAUUUCAGGAUGUGAGAUCCCCGUGUCCAAUGAAACCCGCGACAUCCUCCUGGCAGCCGUCAGCGAAGAUUCCACCAUGACUCAGAUUCAUCGGGCCGUGAGCGCCAUCAGCUCUCUGGGGCUUCCUCUGGCUUCCCAGGAAGUUGUAGGUGCCUUGACAGGUCGCAUCAACAAGGAAGACAAUGUUAUGGCUAUCACUUCAGCUCUGCUGACAGCAGCCCGCCUGUCCCAGCAGGCAGAACUUGGGGGAAUACUGGAGGAGAUUGAGGAUCUGACCGCUCGUCUGGAUGAUCUUGGUGGCAUCUACCUUCAGUUUGAGGAGGGACUCGAGGCGACUGCCAUGUUUGUGACUGCUGCGUACUCCCUGUCAGAUCACGUGGACAUGGAGCCCCCUCUGAAGGAGGACCAAGUCAUCCAGCUGGUGAACUCCAUCUUCAGCAAGAAAUCCUGGGACUCUCUCUCUGAGGCCUUCAGCGUGGCGAGCGCCGCCUCUGCUCUCUCCAGCAACCGCUUCCACGUACCAGUCGUCGUCAGUGCUCAAGGCCCAGCCACAGUGUCCCACAGCCAGCCCACCCUGCAGCUCCUUGUUACUGAUGUCAUGUCUCAACCUCUGGUCUCAGCCAACGUGCUCGUGGAAUCUGCGUUCGCAGUGGCCUCUAAGAGCGUCAUUCUCAGCCAGGCACCAUUCACGCUGAAUGAUGGCGUCUUUGAACUGAACUUCAUGUCUAGCCAGCCAGCCAGUGGAUAUUACCAGUUUACCGUGGCAGUGACUGGAGAUAGCCGCCUGGUUGCCAAUCAUGUCGAGCUGAAAGUGAAGGUGUCCACUGAGGUGGCUGUCACUAACAUGGACCUCUCUGUGGUGGAUAAGGAACAGAGCAUACGCACAAAGACCAGCAGGGUGGACUAUCCUUCCAAAGCCAAGAUCCCCUUUACCGCAGACAGCCACCUGAACUUUGCCAUGUCCUUCCAACUGGUCGACAUCAACACUGGAGUGGAGCUUACCCCUCACCAGACUUUUGUCCGCCUGCACAAUCAGAAAACUGGCCAAGAGGUCGUGUUUGUGGCUGAACCCGACAGCAAGAAUCUGUACAAGUUUGAGUUGGACACAGCAGAACGCAAGUCAGAGUUUGACUCCAUCUCUGGCACCUAUUCACUUUAUCUCAUCGUUGGGGACGCCACCUUGGAGAAUCCCAUCUUGUGGAAUGUGGCUGACGUUGUUCUGAAGUUUGUGGAUGAGGAGGCCCCAGCUACUAUUCAGCCCAAGACUCUUUAUGUCCCCAAACCAGAGAUCCAGCACUUAUUCAGAGAACCAGAGAAGAAGCCUCCCACGGUGGUUUCCAACACCUUCACUGCACUUAUCCUGUCUCCCUUCCUGCUGCUGCUCAUCCUGUGGUUUAAGCUCGGCGCCAACAUCUCCAACUUCAGCUUCUCUCCCAGCACCAUUCUGUUCCACGUAGGACACGCAGCCAUGCUGGGCCUGAUGUACGUCUACUGGACCCAUCUGAACAUGUUCCAGACCCUGAAGUACCUGGCGAUUAUCGGCGGUGUAACUUUCCUCGCCGGGAACCGCAUGCUGGCCCAGAAAGCAGUGAAGAGGAUUGCAGCAGAGCAAAGUAGUAGGUUGGCAAAGUAUAGGAGCCUACGAUAGAGCCCCCAUUUGUAACAAAUGAGUCGGUCGUGCUUCCAGGCUGAAAAUUGAGAAAAAAUAAGGGCGAAAAAUUAAAAGAAGACACUGACGAAGCUCGAAUAUUCAUUUUUAAAAUUUUUUUUGGUUUCCAAGGAGUCAUUCAACGAUGCAUCAAAUCAGACUUUAAACAUGACGUGGCAGUUCAAGAAUCCAAUCGACAGUUUAAAACAUGCAGUUUGUCUGUGUCUUGCCAAAUGGAAGAAAUCCAAAUAUCACAGCGUCUGCGAGGACACGAACGCUCACUGACUCGUACUGAGUGAGGGCUGUAAAGCUACUGAUCAUUGCACUUCAUCUUCCUGUUAGAUUUGUUUUCUUAUUGUCCAACACGCCGAUGUUUUCUCAGUGAGCUGGGUGUUUUUUUUUUUUUUAUUCGUGGUUUUUUGAUGGAUUUUAUUUGUUUUGUGGUUUUCUUUUCUUUUUUUGUACAUUCCUCUCUUGUCGCUCAGUGCCCAUUUCACCUCGUAACAGAAGCUGUUGGUCAGCAUGUCUCCGCUGAUUUAAAAACCAUUGGCAGAAGCACUGAUACUUUGAUCAUUACUAACUAUGCCGGUGUGUUUGCCUGUUUGGUGCAUCAGAUGUGAAGGAGGUAAGAGUCCUCCUGUUUGAUACAUGGUUAGCGUCCCCUAGAUAAAAUUGUUAAUAAUAAAAUAUGGGCAAAUUGAGGAUGUGAUGUUUUUUGUAAUGAAGGGGAGGAAAUAAAGAAUUGGAGGUGAA